AUGCAGAUUUUCGUGAAGACGUUGACGGGCAAGACGAUCACGCUGGACGUGGAGCCGUCUGACUCGAUCGACAAUGUGAAGCAGAAGAUCCAGGACAAGGAGGGCAUUCCGCCUGACCAGCAGCGGCUGAUCUUUGCUGGCAAGCAGCUGGAAGACGGCCGUACGCUGAGCGACUACAACAUCCAGAAGGAGUCGACGCUGCACCUGGUGCUUCGCCUGCGCGGUGGCAUGCAGAUUUUCGUGAAGACGUUGACGGGCAAGACGAUCACGCUGGACGUGGAGCCGUCUGACUCGAUCGACAAUGUGAAGCAGAAGAUCCAGGACAAGGAGGGCAUUCCGCCUGACCAGCAGCGUUUGAUCUUUGCUGGCAAGCAGUUGGAAGACGGUCGAACGUUGAGUGACUACAACAUCCAGAAGGAGUCGACGCUGCACCUGGUGCUUCGCCUGCGCGGUGGCAUGCAGAUUUUCGUGAAGACGUUGACGGGCAAGACGAUCACGCUGGACGUGGAGCCGUCUGACUCGAUCGACAAUGUGAAGCAGAAGAUCCAGGACAAGGAGGGCAUUCCGCCUGACCAGCAGCGGCUGAUCUUUGCUGGCAAGCAGCUGGAAGAUGGCCGUACGCUGAGCGACUACAACAUCCAGAAGGAGUCGACGCUGCACCUGGUGCUUCGCCUGCGCGGUGGCAUGCAGAUUUUCGUGAAGACGUUGACGGGCAAGACGAUCACGCUGGACGUGGAGCCGUCUGACUCGAUCGACAAUGUGAAGCAGAAGAUCCAGGACAAGGAGGGCAUUCCGCCUGACCAGCAGCGGCUGAUCUUUGCUGGCAAGCAGCUGGAAGACGGCCGUACGCUGAGCGACUACAACAUCCAGAAGGAGUCGACGCUGCACCUGGUGCUUCGCCUGCGCGGUGGCAACUGA